GAAGAAUUGGUACAUGUAUUUGUACGAAAUAAUUACAAGAACAGGGCAUAAUCAUUAUAUAAAGGAAAUGUUUUGUUCAACUCUGUGUAUGCUGUAAUUCACAUUUUUCAGGGGUUUUGUUUGUAUCACUACAUUCUUCUAGCGCCCUAGUCAGUCUUGACCUCCAUUUGUGAUGAAUGCGUCGGACUUGUCGAUUAUAGGCUGUCGCGUCAGUAUAAUAUCUAAGGCUAAGAUAAGAUAUGAAGGAAACCUUCACUCUAUAGAUUUUGACACGCCCAACGAACCUGUUAUUACUCUUUCAAAGGUUUGGUCUUUUGGCACUGAGGACCGCCCUUGUGAGCGACCAGUUGCUCCUCGGAAUGAAGAGUAUAAUCAGGUGGUGUUUCGUGGCCGGGAUCUGGACGAUGUACGUGUCGUGCAGUCUUCUGUAUUUUUAAAUGAAGACUCAGCAAUCGUUAGUGCAGCACCAGGGUCUGCUUUGUCCCACCCUCCUGGACUUCCAGUUAAUGAAAGUAGAGGUCGCUUGGACCUUAAUCCUAGUCGUGUUUCUACUGGAUGCUCAGAAUUGUCUCCCAUACCAGCAUCUCAAUCUGUCUCACUUGAUAGCCUAAAUCAGAAUACCUACCCGAACAAUUCUUCGUACCAGAUGCCUGCAGUUGGUUGUCGGCCGGCUCCUAUAGGGACCGUUCAUGCUGAUAGCCCCCAGGUUUCUGAUACACGUGGCCAAAGACCAUUUGGCGAUAUGCGUAGCGACAUAGACCCAGGGAUUUUCAGCACAUCUGGAAGAGGAGGUACAAGUUCUAGGGAUGUUCAAGAGUCUGGACUAGGUCCUUCUAGACAUCGUGCCGUCUUAGGAUCUGGUGUGCAUAACGACUACCCACAGUCAUGGGUUAACCGAGAUCAAGGGGUUAGAAAGGGUGACACUCACAAAAAUACACCUAAUUAUUAUCAAGGGCAUGAUUACUCAAGAGAUAGACGCGGAGGAUAUACUCAACAAUGGUCAGCAAACCAUCGUGGCUCCAGGGGUUCUGGGCAUACUUAUGGUGGUUGGGGUGGUCGGUCAGCGGGUGGUCAUGAUUGGCCUAAAUUCAGGUCAAAUGCAUCUACAGUAAAUGAGCACACCAAUUUUUCGGUAGAAUAUGACUAUGAAAGAGCUAACGCAGAACUUGCAGCUGAGUUGGAAAAAAUAACGAUCAGUACUAAAACAGGUUCGUCAGGUACUUCCGUCGACAACGCGGAAAAUGAUGGUAGCAGCACAACUGAGGAUGAAACCACGUGCUAUGAUAAAUCCAAGUCGUUUUUCGAUACUAUUAGUUCCGAGAUGAUGGACCGCGCAAAUGGCCUAAAUCCUCAAGGAAUGAACAGACGGGACGAAAGACUCCUCAAUUCAGCAACUUUUGGUACUGUUCCACAGCAGUAUCCCAGAAGGACAGGAUAUCACAAUCAACGUUCUUUUGGAUAUGGCCAAAAAAGAGGUAGUAAUUCAUCUAGUGGUAACUUCUGGCGAUCUAGUGGUACUGGAACUAAUAAGUCCCUAUUCUCCAAUUCAUCACACGCACCUCUUCCAACAUCUGGCCGAGCUGGUUGAUAUGGGCCUUGUACAUUUUACUGCAAAUAAUUACUUCAAUACGAAACUCCUUGAUACAAAAUGAUCGACCGAUAUUCAAACUUAUCUCGGUCUUUGCAGAUGACUUACUAACUCAUGUUUCUAUGGGACUAAUUUAAUUAUUUUUGAUUGAUAAAAUGCAUACUGUAAAACCAGUUAGUGCUUCUGUUGGUAUAAUACUGUUCGAAAUAGAACUGUUUUGUGUUUAAACACGGUUGCAUUUAUUGUUUGUUGUAAUUGCUUUUCGGUCUGACUGUUGGUUUAGUUCGAGCAGUUUACAUUUUCUGAAAUAUAAUCAUGUAAAUACCUGUUUUGCAAAUAUAUUUGAAAUAACUAAUUCA